UGCUGGGCACUGAUGGGUGGCACUGCUGGGUAGCACUGAUGAGUGGCACUGCUAUGCAGAACUGUUGGGCGGCACUGAUGGGUGGCACUGAUGGGCACAGGUGGGUGGCAUUGCUGUGCACUGAUGGGCACAGGUGGGUGGCACUGCUGGGCACUUGUGGGCGGCACUGGUGGGUGGCACUGCUGGGCACUGAUCAUCAGGGCACUGAUCAUCAGUGCCCUGAUGAUCGGUGCCAAUCUCUCCUCUGACAAUUGCCGGUUAUCAGCAGUGAUUUCCUCAUGCUGUGACAGCGCCGCUGUGAUUGGCCUUUUACCACAUCACGUGAUCAGCUGUGUCAUA